AUGCAGCAGGAGGACGACUGGGCCCGGCCCCUGGAUCCGGUGCGCUGUGGGGGAGGGGCGCUGUGCAGAGUAGACGCAACGCAGGGAGACAAGGAGAGAGCCUGUUUUUUCCCUCACCAAGAGCUCUGCUGUGAUUCUGUAGCCUGACCGACCGUCUGCUAACUACAGCACAGGCCUGCCUCCCUAUUUCUCUCUCUCUCGGUCUCUCCUUCCUUCUCUUUCUCUCUCCAUUACCAUUCGUCUCCCUCUCUCUCUCUGUCUCUGUCUGUCCUCUUUCUCUGUCCCAUCGCUCAAUACUACGGUCAUCUUUCCCACCCUGUCAUCACCGUCUUUCCAUCCCUCCAUCCUUCUAAGCUCCUCUUUUAAUUCCAUCUCUGUCUGUCUGUUUGUCUGUCGGUCUGACUGUCUGUCGCCAAUCUCCUAUUCCCUGACCUUCUAUCUUUCAUUAUAACAUCUUGCCUUUUCUCUCUCACCCUUUCUCUCUUCCUUCUCCUCCUCCAUUGCCUCUCUUUGCCCUUCAGACGAUCCCUCUCUCAUUCUCCAUCCUCCCCCAUCCUAUCCUCCCCCUCUCCCCACCCUGCUGUUUGAUUUGGGUCAGUUCUGCUCACCAGCUGGGAUGAGAUGUAGUCUCUGGAGCUUGGGGAUCCAGGGGGCUCCUGGCCUGCCGUUUGCGGGGCACCCUCAUCUGUGGACCGUCCUCACACUGGGGCCCAUAUCUGGACGCACUGGGUGGGUGUCCUGCUUCCAGGAGAACUGCAUGUAGGGACGGACUGUGAGCACCAGUGGACCCUGUCCCUCUCCCCCUCCACCCCUCGCCCCCCCACACCCGGCGGGGGGAAGCUGUCGCUCUGGAGUGUCCCGGCCUGGCUGGCUGCGGCCUACACGCUGCCCACACGCUGACGACGAAUCCCUCCUCAUGCUGCUGGGACACCUGCAGCGCCCCCACCCCCAGCCCGCUCCACUACCGGUCCUCCUGUCUGGGCAAGCGCCCCGUGCCCCCCAUCACCCUAAGCAUGGGUGUGGUAGAGGCCAUUGACCCCGCCUCGCCGUCCCCUUGCCCCUCGCCCGUGCCAGGGGGCUACCGGCUGCCCCGCUCUUCCACCAGCUACAGCCAGCUGCAGGGGAGGGGAGGAGGGGCAAACCUGGAGCUGGACCUUGGUGCGGCUGCCGGAGGGGUUCUGGAAGGGGCUGGGACGGCAGCGGAGCGCAGGACACCUCUAGUAGACCUGUUCUGUGAGACCUGCUCGAGACCUUGGCUCAUCGGAUGGUGGGACCAGGUAGGGCUAGAAGGGCUGGGAGGGGAAGGGAACCGGGCCAGACAGACAGGUGGCCAUCUUGGAUAGCUGUUUUGAUUAACUAUUUUUCCACCCUUGAUGUUCUGGCCAUUAUAUAGGUUAUCUGUCAGUUCCACUUAGUAGGUGCGAUUCUGUUAAGCUAUUGAAGUUUCAUGUUGAAAAGACAACCAUGUCAGUUGUGUGCGUUUUAGUUCUGUGGAUUGCAGGGACUAGGUGGGACAGGGAGGCAGGAGAUGACCUAAAGAUGUGUUAAAGCAGCCUAUGUCCUUGUGGAUGGCAGGCAUACCAGGGUGUAUGUUGAGUGACUGUAAGUUUAUAUUUUCCCUCAGCAACUCUGUUUUCAUAUUCUAUACAUUAUUUAUACCUGUGGGCACUGAAGGGGAAAAGGCAUUGAGUUUCUUAACCCUAAACUCACCCUGUAAUGUGUUGUUAUGCUACCUGUGGCACUGGGUGCACUGAACCUCAGCUGCAGUACACUUCAACCUGAAGCUAUAAACUCAAAACUUUUCACCUUAGAGACUCAUUUUCUCCAUUCAAACCACAGACAAUCCUAUUAAGAAUAUCUGUAUUGUCCUAUUGUUACAGCAGCUUAAUAAACAUACAGAUGUAUCCAAAACAGGUAAACAGGAGUAGCAAAACAUCAAUGCAGAUACAAUAAAAGGUACAAAAGGGAAUAAUUUGGAAGUGGUUGUGAGGCAAGGAAUGAAAUAGUUAAAUCGUUCUCCUGCAGGUAGCCUGCUUUGUCACAAGAUGUCCAUCUCCAUCCUCAACACACACACACACACACACACACGCACAUGCACACGCACACGCACACGCACACACACACAGGAUAUCUUAGCUCAGUGCUGUGUGUGUUUAUCUCAGUGUUUUCCUGUGAUCUUAGUCAAUGUCAGAACAGUUUUCUAUUUUUCUUUGAGAGGCUGAGACAUGAUAGGACUUAUGGACGUAUUGUUAAUGUUGCAGCGUGUAGUUGAUGGCAUAUGUUUUUAUUACAACCAUGUACUGACCCUGUUAUUUUGACCGAGCUCUCUUGUCCGUGGCAGUGACUGUGCCCUCGUGAACCAUUUUCUUGACUGUGCUGUUGUCAGGCGUGCGGUGGGUGUAAUGGUGGAAUCAAACGCAGGACUCAGAACAAUAUUCCCAAAGGCUUGUAUUAUAGGCCAAACCAAGGCAAAUGGAAACUUUGCCCGGAGGCAACAAUCACGCACGAAGGCGAAAAGAAACUGCGCACAAACAGGUGCGACAAAAUAGCAACCGCGCACAAACAGGUGCGACAAAAUAGUAACCACGCACAAACAGGUGCGGAAAUACUCCAGUAAUAAUGGAGAGAAGCUCAACCGAGCAAUACACACAACUGACGGAAAAUCAAUUACACACAACACUAGACAAACACAACGAGAAACUUAUAGGACACUAAUUACGCCAAAACAGAAACAGGUGUGAAAACAAACAGACCAAAGCAAACGAACAAGAAACAAACAGCGGUGGCAGCUAGAAUUCCGGAGACGACGAACGCCGAAACCUGCCCGAACAAGGGAGAGAGGCAGCCUCGGCCGAAACCGUGACAGUACCCCCCCCUUGACGCGCGGCUCCAGACGUGCGCCGACUCCGGCCUCGGGGACGACCAGGAGGACGCGGCGCAGGGCGCGUCGGAUGCCCCCGAUGGAAUUCCGUCAGGAGCGACGGGUCCAACACGUCUCUCCUCGGCACCCAGCACCGCUCCUCCGGGCCGUACCCCUCCCACUCCACUAGAUACUGGAGACCCCCCAUCCGACGUCUCGAAUCCAAGAUGGAUCUCACGGAGUACGCCGGUGCCCCCUCGAUGUCCAACGGGGGCGGAGGAGUCUCCAAGAUCUCAUCUUCUUGGAGUGGGCCCGCUACCACCGGCCUGAGAAGGGACACAUGGAACGAGGGGUUAAUACACUUAUACUCCACAGGUAACAUUAACCUAUAACAUACCUCGUUCAACCUUCUCAGGACUUUAAAUGGCCCUACAAACCGCCGACCCAGUUUCCGACAGGGCAGGCGGAGGGGCAGGUUUCUGGUAGAGAGCCAGACUCGAUCACCAGGUGCGUACACCGGUGCCUCACUGCGGUGGAGAUCAGCGCUCGCCUUCUGACGUCGGAGGGCCCGCUGCAGGUGGACGUGUGCAGCGUUCCAAGUCUCCUCCGAGCGCCGCGCCCACUCAUCCACCGCAGGAGCCUCGAUCUGGCUCUGCUGCCAGGGUGCCAGAACCGGCUGGUAACCUAACACACAUUGAAAUGGAGUUAGGUUAGUGGAGGAAUGGCGUAGGGAAUUCUGGGCCAUCUCGGCCCAGGGAACGUACCUCGACCACUCCUCCGGCCGGUCCCGGCAGUAUGUUCUGAGAAACCUACCCACAUCCUGGUUUACGCGUUGAGGCUUACCGAGACCCCCAACCGCUCCAUAAACGCUCUCCAGACUCUGGAGGUGAAUUGGGGACCCCGAUCAGCCACAAUGUCCUCGGGUACCCCGUAGUGCCGGAACACAUGGGUAAACAGUGCCUCGGCAGUUUGUAGGGCAGUAGGAAGACCCGGCAUGGGGAGCAAACGACAGGCCUUAGAGAACCGGUCCACCACGACCAGGAUGGUAGUAUUCCCUUGGGAGAGGGGAAGGUCUGUUAUAAAGUCCACUGAGAGGUGGGACCAUGGUCGUUGUGGAACGGGCAGGGGUAGCAACUUACCCCUAGGUAGAUGUCUAGGCGCCUUACACUGGGCGCACACCGAGCAGGAGGAAACAUAAACCCUCACAUCCCUUGCCAACGUGGGCCACCAGUACUUGGCACUAAGACAGUGCACUGUCCGGCCGAUACCCGGAUGUCCAGAGGAGGGUGACGUGUGAGCCCAAUAGAUCAAUCGAUCCCGAACCUCGAGCGGAACGUACUUCCGACCCUCCGGGCACUGUGGUGGACUAGGGUCGGUGCGUAACGCCCGCUCGAGUUCAGAAUCGACCUCCCACACUACCGGUGCCACCAGACACGACUCAGGCAGUAUGGGAGUGGGCUCCACGGACCUCUCCUCCGUGUCAUACCGCCGAGACAGCGCAUCUGCCUUGCCAUUCUGUGACCCAGGGAUGUACGUGAUCUUAAAAGUAAACCUGGUCAAGAACAUACUCCAUCUUGCCUGGCGAGGGUUCAGCCUCCUCGCCGCCCGGAUGUACUCCAGGUUACGGUGGUCCGUCAAAAUGAGGAAAGGGUGUUGAGCCCCCUCAAGCCAGUGCCUCCACACCUUUAGAGCCUGUACCACGGCUAACAGCUCCCUGUCCCCUACGUCAUAGUUCCGCUCCGCCGGACUGAGCUUCUUGGAAUAAAAAGCACAGGGGCGGAGUUUAGGUGGCGCGCCAGACCGUUGUGAAAGCACGGCUCCUAAACCGGCCUCCGACGCGUCCACCUCUACCUGGAACGGCAAAGAGGGAUCCGGAUGCGCCAGCACCGGGGCCGAGGUAAACAGGUCCUUCAGCCUCCCAAACGCCCUGUCCGCCUCGGCCGACCACUGCAGACGCACCGGACCCCCCCUUCAACAGAGACGUGAUGGGAGCUGCCACCUGUCCAAAACCCCGGAUAAACCUCCUGUAGUAAUUUGCAAACCCCAAAAACUGCUGCACCUCCUUCACAGUAGUUGGUGUUUGCCAAUUACGCACGGCCGACACCCGGUCUACCUCCAUCUUCACCCCUGACGCAGACAACUGAUAACCCAAAAAGGAGACCGACUCCUGGAAAAACAGACACUUCUCUGCCUUCGCGUACAGGUCGUGCUCCACCAGCCUCCGCAACACUCUUCGCACCAGGGCCACAUGCUCGACACGGGUAGGCGAGUACACGAGAAUGUCAUCAAUGUACACCACCACUCCCUGCCCCUGCAUGUCCCUGAAGAUCUCAUCCACGAAUGAUUGGAAAACUGACGGAGCGUUCAUCAACCCGUAUGGCAUGACCAGAUACUCGUAAUGGCCCGAGGUGGUACUAAAGGCUGUUUUCCAUUCAUCACCCUCCCUGAUGCGCACCAAGUUGUACGCGCUCCUGAGAUCUAAUUUCGUGAAGAAACGCGCCCCAUGCAACGACUCAGUCAUGGUCGCAAUCAGCGGGAGUGGAUAACUAUACUUCACCGUAAUCUGAUUGAGACCACGGUAAUCGAUGCACGGACGCAAACCACCAUCCUUUUUCUUCACGAAAAAGAAACUCGAGGACGCAGGGGAAGUGGAAGGCCGUAUGUAUCCUUGUCUCAGAGAUUCGUCUAUGUAAACCUCCAUAGCUUUCUUCUCCUCCUGAGACAGAGGAUACACAUGGCUCCGUGGGAGCGCAGCUCCUGCCUGGAGGUCUAUCGCACAAUCCCCCUGCCUAUGGGGUGGCAACCGCGUCGCCCUCGCCUUACUAAACGCAAUAGCCAAAUCCCCAUAUUCAGGUGGAACGGGCAAUGCGGGCACCUGGUUUGGACUCUCCACCGAGGUAGCCCCUACGGAAACGCCCAAACAUCUACCCACACACUGAGCAGACCACUCCAUCAGAGCCCUCUCCUGCCACGAAAUAGCUGGGUUAUGGGUACUCAACCAGGGCAUGCCCAGCACCACCGGAUACGCAGGAGAAUCAAUCAGGAACAGCUGAAUCAUCUCCUGAUGAUCCCCCUGCGCACACAUCCUAAGUGGCGCCGUGACCUCCCUGAUCAAGCCCGUACCCAACGGACGACUAUCUAGGGCAUGAACGGGGAAAGGAACAUCAACAGGAGUAAGGGGAAUCCCUAACGCUAAACAAAACUUUUUAUCAAUAAAAUUCCCAGCCGCGCCUGAAUCUACCAGCGCCUUAUGCUGGGAAUGAGGUGCUACCUGUGGAAAACUGACAGGUAUACAAAAAUGGGCAACAGUGAGCUCUGGGUGAGUGGGGCGCCUACUCACCUGGAGGGAAUCCCCAGUGUGGGACCUGUCGUCAUCUCCCCUAGGAGGCCAUCCCCAGCACCUAGCCGCGGUGUGUCCUCCCCGACCACAGUUGGUGCAGUGGAUGGACCCCCUAGCCUGCCGACUCCUCCUUUCUCUAGCGCCAGCGCCCCCGAGCUCCAUAGGACACGGCUCGGAGGCGCUGGAGGGUGAAAUGGACGGACCCUCCGCAGGACGUCCGCGGGUAGCCAGCAGGUGAUCCAGCCUGAUGGACAUGUCGACCAGCUGGUCGAAAGUGAGGCUGGUGUCCCUACAAGCAAGCUCCCGACGGACGUCCUCUCGUAGGCUACAUCUGUAUAAAUCGAUGAGGGCCCGAUCAUUCCACCCUGCAUCUGCCGCUAGAGUACGGAAUUCAAGAGCGAAUUCCUGGGCACUCCUCCUCCCCUGCCGGAGGAAGACCAGACGCUCCCCCGCCGCUUUCCCCUCCGGGGGAUGGUCAAACACCGCCCUGAAGCGGCGGGAGAACUCGUCGUAUGUAAUCGUCGUGGCGUCGAUCUUCCUCCACUCCGCGUUGGCCCACUCCAACGCUUUACCGGCCAGGCAGGAGAUCAGGGCGGACACGCUCUCAUGCCCCGAAGGUGCCGGGUGCACUGUGGCCAGGUAUAGCUCCACCUGGAGUAGAAAUCCCUGACACCCAGCCGCGGUCCCGUCGUAGGCCCUCGGGAGAGAUAGUCGGACUCCUCGAGGUUCCGGCGCUGGAAUGAGCGGGCUGGCCGAUGGUGCUGGCAGGGAGGGAGGUGGUGGAGGCGUACCCCAGCCUCGGAUGGUGGAAAUCACCUCCUGCAGGGCGGUCCCCAUCUGUUGGAUCUGCUCUCGUUGGUCCCGAACCUGGGCCUCCAGUCUCGUCUGAGCUGCUUCGGCUCCUGCUGAUUCCAUUGAGGGUGUGUAAUUCUGUCAGGCGUGCGGUGGGUGUAAUGGUGGAAUCAAACGCAGGACUCAGAACGAUAUUCCCAAAGGCUUGUAUUAUAGGCCAAACCAAGGCAAAUGGAAACUUUGCCCGGAGGCAACAAUCACGCACGAAGGCGAAAAGAAACUGCGCACAAACAGGUGCGACAAAAUAGCAACCGCGCACAAACAGGUGCGACAAAAUAGUAACCACGCACAAACAGGUGCGGAAAUACUCCAGUAAUAAUGGAGAGAAGCUCAACCGAGCAAUACACACAACUGACGGAAAAUCAAUUACACACAACACUAGACAAACACAACGAGAAACUUAUAGGACACUAAUUACGCCAAAACAGAAACAGGUGUAAAAACAAACAGACCAAAGCAAACGAACAAGAAACAAACAGCGGUGGCAGCUAGAAUUCCGGAGACGACGAACGCCGAAACCUGCCCGAACAAGGGAGAGAGGCAGCCUCGGCCGAAACCGUGACAGCUGUCUUGUCUGUGCUUUACUGAGAUACAUACAGCUAGCACAUAAUGUUCUCAGAACCAUAUGUUUCUUAGCGCUUGGUGAGCGCGUGGUUGUCCUAUGGUUAUUUUGCAUACAACCUUCCCACAACGUUGUGGGAAUGGUGCAGGAUAGUUGCUUGGCUUUCGAACAUUCUCAGCACAUUAAAGGAACUUGACAAAAAAUGUAAUUUUCUUGAUAUUUCCUAAAAGUUCAAACAUGGUUAGAUUUUAUUAAAAUUUUGGUAAUGUUCUAGGAACGUCUCCAACUGGUUUAACAUGGGGAAUAUUCUCAAAUAGUUCAGAGAACGUUUAGAAACAAUGUUCUUCUGUGAGAAUUUCCGUACUUCAGCAUAACGUUUCCUACAGGUUUCCUCAUGGUUCUAUUUAAAAUCAUGUUCUCAGAACGGUUAGAGAAUGUUAAGAAACAACGUUCUUCAGUGGGAGUUACAGUACUUCAGCAUAACGUUUUCUAUGUUUCCUCAUGGUUAAAGUCAUGUUCUCAGAACGUUCAAAGAACGUUAAGAAACAACGUUUUUCUGUGAUGGGAAUUUCAGUAUUUCAGCAUAACGUUUGCUACAGGUUUCCUCAUGGUUCUAUUUAAAAUCAUGUUCUCAGAACAUUAAGAACACUUUCCAUAAAAAACACAAGAAAACAUUAGUAACGAAUGUUCUAAGAAUGUUCUUUUAAAAUAUAUACAUUCCGUUCUCAGCAUCAACAAAACUUUCUCUAUCCUCUUUCUUGUUAAGUGUGUUCAGGUGUGUUGGCCGUGCCCAGUAAUUGGCCACACCUGAUCCUAAUGAGUGCUUGUUUCUGGGGUCGCUUUGAAAUGGGGUCUGUUUGAAUAGACUAAAAUAGACAGCUUUGUAUGAGUAAAAAGAAACAUGGAAUGCUAGCUCCAUCCUGGUGGUGCAGUGGACUAAUUCCAUGGAUAGAGAACAUACACUACAUGACCAAAAGUAUGUGGACACCUGCUCGUCGAACAUCUCAUUCCAAAAUCAUGGGCAUUAAUAUGGAGUUUGUCCCCUCUUUGCUGCUAUAAUAACCUCCACUCUUCUGGGAAGGUUUUCCACUAGAUGUUGGAACAUUGCUGCGGGGACUUGCUUCCAUUCAGCCACAAGAGCAUUAGUGAGGUCGGGCAGGCCUGGCUCGCAGUCGACGUUCCGAUUAAUCCCAAAGGUGUUCGAUUGGGUUGAGGUCAGGGCUUUGUACAGGCCAGUCAAGUUCUUCCACACCGAUCUCGACAAACCAUUUCUGUAUGGACCUCGCUUUGUGCACGGGGGCAUUGUCAUACUGAAACAGGAAAGGGCCUUCCCCAAACUGUUGCCACAAAGUUUGAAGCACAGAAUCGUCUAGAAUGUCAUUGUAUGCUGUAGCGUUAAGAUUUCCCUUCAUUCACUGGAACUAAAGGGCCUAGCCCCAACCAUGAAAAACAGCCCCAGACCAUUAUUCCUCCUCCACCAAACGUUACAGUUGGUGCUAUGCAUUCGUGCAAAUAACGUUCUCCUGGCAUCUGCCAAACCCAGAUUCGUCCGUCGGACUGCCAGAUGGUGAAGCGUGAUCAAUCACUCCAGAGAACGUGUUUCCACUGCUCCAGAGUCCAAUGAUAUUUACGCGCUACGUGCUGCAGCACUCGCCGGUCCCGUUCUGUGACCUUGUGUGGCCUACCACUUCGCGGCUGAGCCGUUGUUGCUCCUAGACGUUUCCACUUCACAAUAACAGCAAUUAUUGUUGACCGGGGCAGCUCUGGUGUCACGUUGAAAGUCACUGAGCUCUUCAGUAAGGCCAUUCUACUGCCAAUGUUUGUCUAUGGAGAUUGCAUGGCUGUGUGCUCGAUUUUAUACACCUGUCAGCAACGGGUGUGGCUGAAAUAGCCGAAUCCACUAAUUUGAAGGGAUGUCCACAUACUUUUGUAUAUGUAGCGUAAGAUCAUAGGUUAGAAUCUCAGUGACACCGUGCCACAAUAAAAAAUAAUUGUGUUUGCAUGAUUAAUGCCUAGGCAAUUAAUUUCCAUGUGUCAUAUCUGUGUUUCAAAACAGUUAAAACAGUUAACCCAAACUAAUCUAGCAGUGUUAUUAAAAGUCUUAUUGAAACAUGUUCUCAGAACGUUAUUUAAUUACCUUCAAAUAACCUAUAAUUUCUGUUCUCAGAAGAUUAAUAAAACCUCCCAGAAAAUAUUUCAGGGAACCAUAGUAAAACCUUCUCAGAACCUCCUUGCAACCUAAAAAUGUACAUUCCCAGAACAGGCAACAUUUUCACUUCCGUUCUCAGAAAGAAAAAAAAAAAACGUUCCGUUUUACCGGUCAGGAAACUUAUGGCUUCGUUCCCAGAACCAAUGGGAAACAAAACAAUUACGCUCCCACAUCUUCCAAGGAACCAAAUGUGCUAGCUGUAUCCACUCCCCCAUCUCUCUCUGCAAACUGUGUUUUUUGCAAUCUGCUACAAUAUGACAACUAUUGUUUUGAUACAAGAUAGAGUCCAACAACAGCCUUACCAUUACCAUUAGCAACAAAAAAAAAUGUGAAUAUACAGUACUUUGAUAAACAAAGUGAAAUUGAAUGGUUGGUAGGUUGUGAGAGCUGAGUCACCAUGUUAUCAUCGAAGAGCAUUACUGUAAACUGCUAUUGUCAUGUGAAAAGCAGGAAGAGCCUGCCUGUUACAAUACGUCCCAUUUCCCUGUGUGUCCAUAUGUUAGUCAGUUAUCAGAGGGUUGAUGAUGCCCCUUUGCGUCUCUCACAGCUUCACCCCGGCAUCUUGUGUUCCAUCAGUCAGGGGGCCAUAUGAGGAAGCACGGUAGCGUGGUGUGGCGUCUGUCUGUGUGUCCUGGCACUGGGGUUGUGUUGGUUGGCAGAUUAUGACUCAAUAUAGUAGAGAGAUGGAGAGAAAGAUGGAGAGAGAGAUGGAAAGAGAUGGAGCCUGCAGUAUAACUGUGUCACUGGGCUUGACUGGCUGACUAGUCUACAGUACCUACCUGGUGCAUGAUCACAACUAUAUAUUAUCUUCAUCUUCUACUAUCUUCUAUCACUAUCUAUCUAUCUAUCUAUUAUUAUCUGUUGUUUGUUGUGGGUUUUCUGUUUUUGUUUCCCCGUUGUUGCUUUGUUGUUGUUGUUGUUGUUUUGUUGUUGUCUGUUGGUUUUUUCUGUUGUUUGUUGCUGUGUUGUUUGUUGUGUUUGUCUGUCGGUUGUGGUCGGUCGGUCGGUCGGUCGGUCGGUCCCUAGUGGCUUUUUGACGGGGGGAAAGGAACCCGACGUUCUAACAAAGGGCCGAACUGGGGUUUACAAACCUGGUUGGACUGGAAUAAGGGAGGAAAGAAGCAUUAAAAAUGAAGGAGGAAGGGUUUGUAAGAGGGAAAUUAAAAGGGGGGGGGGGGGGGAAAAGGGGGAGAGGGGAGGGAGAAGAAAGGGAAAAGGGGAAGGGGGGGGGGAAAAGCGGGGAAGAGAAAAAAGGAGGAGAAAAGGGGGAAAGGGGGGGGGGGGAAAGGGGGAAAAAAGGGGGGGAAAAGGGGGGGGGGGGGGGGGGGGGGGGCAAAAGGGGGGGGGGGGGGGGGGGGGGGGCCCCCCCCCCGGGGGGGGGGGGGGGGGGGGGCCCCCGGGGGGGGGGGGGGGGAAAAAAAAAAAAAAAAGGGGGGCCCCCCGGGGGCCCCCCCGGGGGGGGGGGGGGGGGGGGGGGGAAGGGGGGGGGGGGGGGGGGGGGGGGGGGGGGGGGAAAAAAAAAGAGGGGGAGGAGGGGAAAAGGGAAAAAGGGGGAAAAAAGGGUUUUUUAAACCGAAAAAAGGGAAGGGCCCCCCCCCCCCUUGGUUUCCCCCCCGCCGCCCCCCCCUUUUUUCUGGGGGGGGAAUUAAGGGGGUUUAGGGCCCCUUUGGUGAUGGGAGGAUGUGAAGCCAAGGAACGUGGGGGGACUUGCCCGGUCGCCUGGCCCCUGCAGGGGACUGCCUUUUUUUGUAACAAACAUUCCCUCCAUUUUCCCUCAUGUUUGGGGAAAGGUUUCACGACAUGAAGUCUAUGCAACAUUACAUUUUCUAUUUAGCCAUAUGGAACAUAUUUAUCCUAUUCAUGCGUUCAGUGUCUUUUUCUCACCUACAUUCCUGUGGUCCUCUGUAGCUCAGCUGGUAGAGCACAGCGCUUGUAACGGCAGGGUAGUGGGUUUGAUCCCCGGGACCAACCAUACACAAAAAUGUAUGCACGCAUGACUGUAAGUCGCUUUGGAUAAAAGCAUCUGCUAAAUGGCAUAUUAUUAUUAUUCCAGCAGACACGCUCCAUUGUACAGGCAGGGUGUGAAAUCAUCACCAAAAGACACAGAACAUGAUGUAGAAAAGGGCAGCCCUUCCACCAAUGCUCCAACAUGCUGUUGCUUUGUCAGGCUCCUGCAGUGGUUGCCUGUUGACAAGGUCAUACCGUACUGUAUGAAUGUUGUAGAGUAAACGCAUGUGUUCUUUAUUAAUUCAAUUUCACUAUUAUACAGUAGAUGUAUGAUACAUCAGUAUACAUCAGCCCCCAAUGAAUAUUUCGCUACAAUGUUGACAUUUUUGAUUGAGGUUAGAGCCAAUGUACAAUAUUCGUCUUUGUUUACUGGUAUGACCUGUAUCCUGAAUGAGGUAUAGUGGUUAAUAGUAAUAAUAAUAAUAAUAAUCUGUUAUAUUUCUCACAUACACAAGUACAUAUUACAGUUUUUGUCAAUCACGUUGGUGCAAUUUUCACAAGUAUGUGGUACAUUUUCACAACUCUAAGCACACAUAUCUAAACAGAUCAACAAAAUGGCUCAUGUUUCAAAACCCUAAGCACAUUUUCAAUUGACUGAGUAGUACAACAAACAAAUUAACAGUCACUUGUUCACUGCACCAAAUCACUCCUUCAAUUUGGAAGCAUAUUCAAUCGAAGUAUCUGCUUUUCAAAAUGCAAUAUUCACUUUACUUUUGAUAGGAUUUUCUUGUCAUUUGUUAACAAUACAAUUAUGGAAAAUUAUAUUUACCAUCUACUAUUCUUUCUAUUCAACACUUCAAAAAGAACCGUUUUUAAAUGUGUAUCAUGUAUUUUUUGCUAUUGGAUUAAAUGCUAGUUAAAAUGACUAAAUGGUGAGCCUGAUGUAUUGAUGACUAAACAAAAUGUUCUCAUAGUAUUUCACAGAAAACUGAUUUUGCAUGAAUGACUCAAGGGUGAAAGAUGUGUUAAACUCCAAUAAAUGCACAAUCAAAGGUUCUGAACAUACGAUAGGGGGCAUUACAAGUCUUAACAGUUUAGAGUUUUGUAUUUAGAGUUUUGAAAAUAAAUUACUUAGAGUGCCUUCGGAAAAUAUUCAGACCCCUUGACCUUUUCCACAUUUUGUUGCGUUACAGCCUUAUUCUAAAUGGAUUAAAUAAAAAAUGACAAAGCAAAAACAGGUUUUUAGACAUAAAAAAAAAAAAAUUACAAAUAAAAAACUGAAAUACCUUGUUUACAUAAAUAUUCAGACCGAACAGGACAACAACCCUACGCACACAGCCAAGACAACACAGGAGUGGCUUUAGGACAAGUCUCUGAAUGUCCUUGAGUGGCCCAGCCAGAGCCCGGACUUGAACCCGAUCUAUCAUCUCUGGAGAGACCUGAAAAUAGCUGUGCAGAGACGCUCCCCAUCCAACCUGACAGAGCUUGAGAGGAUCUGCAGAGAAGAAUGGUUGAAACUCCCCAAAUACAGGUGUGCCAAGCUUGUAGCAUCAUACCCAAGAAGACUUGAGGCUUUAACCGCUGCCAAAGGUGCUUCAACAAAGUACUGAGUAAAGGGUCUGAAUACUUAUGUAAAUGUAAUAUUUCUGUUAUUUGUAAUACAUUUGCAAAAAAAUCAAAACACCUGUUUCUGCUUUGUCAUUAUGGGGGAUUGUGUGUGGAUUGAUGAGGGGGAAAAAACUAUUUAAUCAAUUUUCAGAAUAAGGCUGUAACGUAACAAAAUGUGGAAAAAGUCAAGGGGUCUGAAACAAUGUGCCAAAGUGAUUGAAAAAAAACUUUAAUACGCAUGUGUGAAUUGGAAAUGUAUUUUUUGCAUAUCCCAACUCCCCCUGAGACACCCAGGGAGCAAUUAGGGUUAAGUGCUUUGCUCAAGGGCACAUCGACCGAAUGUUCAUCUUGUCAGCUCAGGGAUACAAACUAGCGACCUUCUGGUUACUGUCCCAAUGCUCUAACCACAGAUAGAGCCAGAUGUUUCACCAGAUGUAUACAUUUGAAGCCUCCGGUUGGAAUUUCCACUCCCCACCAAAUAUGGUGAGGAGAGGAAGCCCAGUGGCCGGCAGUAUGGGAGAGUAUGGAGCGAGUUGGAACUGGGCCGAUAUUCUGCAGAUUUUCUCAUCGAAGCCCAAUCUCAUCAAAGCCUGAUCUCAAUACAGUUUUCUGUUCCCAAAACUACAAUCUGUUACAAACAGAGUGCACUAAGUUUUGUAGACGUGAUCCUUUGCCAAAGUUUCAAAAAAUGACGUUGUUUACAAGGAGUGCAAGGGCGAAUUUAGUUAUUGCACACGCACAUGCUAGAACGUGCCAAUAGGAUCUCGCUAGCUCGUGCUUGGCUCUGCCAACCUACUUGCUUGUUCUGCCCACUAUGCUUAAUUUGCGCCCAUUGAAAAUGACACAGAUGAACUAUCUUGGGUUAGUUAUAAAUAUAUUUGUAUGUAUUUAGCUAAAAAGGGAUUUGUACACAUUUCCUUUCUGAUGGACUAUGAUGUGCUGUUUUUAGCGUGGUAUGAAAUCCAGCGCGAACAUGGGCCUACUGUACACAUAUAAAGAGAGUGGGGUCUCAUUUUGACUUUGGAUCAUGCAGAGGUUGCUUGUUUGUUAUUUUUUAUAUAGAUAUAUAUAUUUAUUAAAAAAUAUAUAUAUAUAUGUUGCAGCUUUCUCUAGAUAUUUGUGGUUUUUCAGCAGUACUACUCUGAGGCCAAGUGUAGCUUUGUGUCCAAGACUUUCCAGUUUUAACAUUAUUUAAGGGACACUAUUCAAGUAAUACCUCUAACUUCUGUUUUCUCCUGUCCUCUGUAUUAAUAUCAUGCUCUACCUCUCUCCAUCUCUCUCCUUGUCUCCAUCCCUCUCUCCAUCUCUCUCUCCGUUUCCUCCCCCAGUUUAAGAGGAUGUUGAACCGGGAGCUAUCUCACCUGUCAGAGAUGAGUCGUUCAGGGAACCAGGUGUCUGAAUACAUCUCCACUACCUUCCUGGGUAAGUCACACACCUCACCUUUCAACUGCACUCCUGACUGGGUCUCUGUCUGUCUUCUAUCCCUUAUAUACCUCAGUCCUCUAUCCUCUAUAAAACUGAACAGAGCCCUAUGUAUAUCGCUCUGGUCAAAAUUAGUGUACUAUAUGGGGUGUCAUUUAAAAAUAGGGUUAUAUUUUACUUAACACUGAUCCACACUGUUAACCCCAAUGUAGCUCAGUUGGUAGAGCAUGGCGCUUGCAAUGCCAGGGUUGUGGGUUCGUUUCCCACGGGGGGCCAGUAUGAAAAAUGUAUACACUCACUAACUGUAAGUCGCUCUGGAUAAGAGCAUCUGCUAAAAUCUAAAAUGUAAUGUGCUGUCAUUACUCAACACUUUUGAGGAAACACGUUGCACUUAAUAUAUCUGAAUAAAGUUACUUAAAGUGAUUUUGUAGUUAUUAAUCAAACCGAUAGUCACUGUGACCUUGUAGGGGGUCCUGAUUUGAGUUGUAUCAGAGUAAAGCCACGCCUCCAAUAUAAUUUCCCAGUGUUCCUUGCCUUUUUGAGAAAAUUGUAGAGUCACCACCCAUGACUGUAUUUGUUAGUGACAGAAACAUGGUUGUUGAAUUUGUUCAUUUUCAGUCCUGUGUCCUUCACCAAGUGAAUUCCUAGGCGAAUGUUAUCAUUAUAAUUAAACAUUACAUAUUUCAUAAGGCCUUAUUGUGAGGCCUAGCUUUACUCUAACACAGUGGCCUGAAACUCAUGGUUUACAGGCCACAUCAGGCCACUUUCCCAAAAUUCCCAGAUUUUCAAAAAUUCCUGGUUGAAGGAUUUCCAGGAAUCUUCUAACCGGGAUUUCUGGAAAACCUGGGAAAUGUACCAGAAUUUUGCAACCCUACCUGCAAGUCAGAUUAUGCUGGCUUGCAAAGUGAUGUGCAAUUCCUAUUGGAAUCCAGCCAGAGUUAGGCUAUCCAACAUUAGAAAUGUGUAUUCACUCGCAACCUGCAUUCAUAAUGACUGCCAGGGUUAGGAACAUUGUGAGAAGACUACCUAAGCCAUUUAAACUGGGAACAACUAUUUCAGUAACGGAUGCAAAAAAUCUGACUAAAUGAUUGGAUUAGUUUAGAAAAAUGUAUGUUAUUUAUCUGUGUGUAACAUAGGAUUAAUCAAUCAAUCACUCAAUGUACAUACAAAAGCACAGAUAUUAAAUACAAUUCCCCAAAAAUCAACCUACAGUAGAGCAUGCUGGGAAAAAAGGUUAAUUUGUUAUCAUAACUUAAAAAAAUUAAGUUGAUGUGACUUCUCAUUUCGUUUUGAGUCAGUACCACAUAAGCAUUUUAAGUAAUAAUUACUUUUUUAUUGACUUUGAGUUAAACUUACUAGAAGUAUUUGAGUAAAAAAUGCCUUCGGGUUUACAGUGUGCAGGGAGUCAUUUAGAUCCGGGUCUCUUUUACAAGUGAGCCCUGUAAUGAUGCAUACUGCAGAGAUAUAGCACACUAUAGGCCUUAUAAUAAUAAGUUAUAAAAGCUCAUGCAUGCUUAUAACAAGCAUUAGAAAGCAUUAUAGUUAACCUCUGACCUCCAUGUCUCCUCCAGAUAAGCAGAAUGAGGUAGAGAUCCCGUCUCCGACCCUGCGGGAGCGGGAGCGGGACAAGCCCAUGUGUCACAUCAGUGGAGUGAAGAAGCUGACACACAGCUCCAGCCUGUCCAUCAACACCACCAUGCCACGCUUCGGAGUCAAGACUGAACAGGAGGACGCACUGGCCAGGGUACGGUAUAUCUGUACUGGAUCUGGGAUCUGUGAAACCUUACACACACUCACACAUGAACAUUCACUCACUUUGAAGAUUAUUUAAAAUGACAUCUCCUCCUGAGAACCAGUGAAAAAAUGCUUUUUGAAUUAUAACUUUAUUUUUUUACAUCACAUAAGUAUUUGAACUGAAAUAAAUGUUACAAUGUUUUUCUUUUUCUUUUUAUUGUAUGUCCACUGUAGUGGACAUUAGGAUCCGGUUGAUAUUAUAUAUGUACAAUUUUACAUUACAGUAAAUGUGUACAGUAGGUCAAAAGCACAGGAUAUUUAUUUAGCUCUUAUUUAAUGUGAAAAAUAUAUAUUACACUGCUGUGAAAACUCACCAAACUAUUCCACAGAUAUUUACUUAUGAUAACACAUUUGCAUACUGUACAUUCACCUUCUUCUUUCCAUAAAAUGUGCUAAAUUGAGAUGGCAGCCAUUUAAAAAAAACAGGAUGAGAAAGUUACAUAUCACUGAAAACCCCAGAAUGUCCUCUCAAAGGUACAACAGGAUUUAACACAGUGGCAUGUAUGGCCUCAGAGAUACGGCCCAAAAAACUAUCUCCAUUAGAGUGGACAAAAAUGAAUUGAUGGGUCUCAGGAGGGAUUCAAUGGAGACAUAUGUCAAGUCAAAUUCCGGGUACAGUAUGUGUAAAUGUACUUGGCAAAUAAAGGUGAUUCUGUUUCUGAUUCUGAUGUUGUCUGUUGACCAGGAGCUGGAUGACUUGAAUAAGUGGGGCCUUAAUAUCUUUCGUCUGGCUGAGUUCUCCAAUAAUAGGCCUCUCAGCUGCAUCAUGUUCGCCAUCUUCCAGGUUGGUGAAAAGUAGUGGUUUUAUCCAUUCGAUUUUCAGGAAGAGUGGUCAUAUAGACUUAAUAUAGACUUUGCUGUUCAUAUACGUGUAUAGGAUCCUGAGUGUUUGUGUGACACAGUGUGUUCCUUCCCUGUAGGAGAGGGAUCUGUUGAAGACGUUUCAAAUCCCUGUCGACACGUUUGUGACCUAUGUGAUGACCCUGGAAGACCACUACCAUGCCAACGUGGCCUACCACAACAGCCUCCAUGCUGCUGACGUCACACAGUCCACCCACGUCCUGCUGUCCACACCGGCUCUGGACGUAAGAACCACAUUUCACCACACACUGAGCCUACAUCUAACAACAACUAACUUGAAGCACACAGCUGCACUCUAACUCCAUCGCACAUUCAUGUCCUGUAGGGUGUUCUAAAAUGUGAUUGGUUACACUGUGUUCUAUCUCGCUCUCUGUCAGGCUGUGUUCACUGAUCUGGAGAUCCUAGCUGCGUUAUUUGCUGCUGCCAUCCAUGAUGUGGAUCAUCCUGGCGUGUCCAACCAGUUCCUCAUCAACACCAGUGAGUCCUUACAAUGGAGAUAGGAGCACAGGAGGAGCCAGGAUACUGUACAGUACAGUGCAUUAUAACUAAAUAAAGCUCCUUAAACCACAUCUCAGUUGAGCUUAGCCUACUAGUCAGUGUAGCACAGCUAAUAACGUAAAAAGAAAAUGUCAGAGUCAACACUGUAUGGUUUGGUCGGAACAAUAAUGUGAAAAGGGUGCUAGUGGGGUGUGUCUACAGGUGCUCUGACCCAGUGUUUGUUCUGUACUGACCCGGUGUGUUCUGUCUGUCCUCUCUCCCCAGACUCGGAGUUGGCUCUGAUGUACAAUGAUGAGUCAGUUCUGGAGAACCACCACCUGGCUGUGGGCUUCAAGCUGCUCCACGAGGACAACUGUGACAUCUUCCAGAACCUCAGCAAGAGGCAGAGACAGAGCUUGCGCAAGCUCGUUAUCGAUAUGGUGAGGCUCCUGCCACUCACACUCACCCAAUAAGGGGCUGCUCUGCUGCCUCAAUAAGGGGCGGGGCUUAUACGAGUUAUUUAAAUGUUAUUUUCUGAUGUUUUUUAUGUUUUUGUUUGACCUCCUCCUUUAAUUGACCUCUCAAGGUGUUGGCGACAGAUAUGUCUAAGCACAUGAGUUUGCUGGCUGAUCUGAAGACCAUGGUGGAGACGAAGAAGGUGACCAGUUCAGGAGUGCUCCUGCUCGACCACUACACUGACCGCAUCCAGGUGAGCUUUCACCUCUGACCUCUAAACAUUCACCCUGCAGAAAAAAUGGUACUCCAAACUCAAAUUGGAGCUGGAGAAAAUGCACAACGCCUACUGUGCACUGGUGAACCCUGACCUUAUGUGUGUGUCUGCAGGUGCUGAGGAACAUGGUGCACUGUGCGGACCUAAGUAACCCCACCAAGCCCCUGGCCGUGUACAGAGAGUGGACUGAACGCAUCAUGGAGGAGUUCUUUAGACAGGGAGACAAGGAGAGGGAGAGAGGCAUGGAGAUCAGCCCCAUGUGUGACAAACACACUGCUUCUGUGGAGAAGAGUCAGGUUAGGAAACACACACACAACACACAUUUUGGCAUCACUUUUAAAGCAAUUAUAAAAGCUAAAUGCCAAUAAAUGCUUUUUUAAUGAUUAUUUAUGUUUAUAAAGGUAAUCUCAUGUUGCUUACACAAAUUCCUUAGCCCCGUAAUGUGCUUGUUAUUAGUGUGAUGUUCGUUUGUCAGUGUGUUUGAUUCUCCUGGUGUUGUGUGCUGUAGGUGGGCUUCAUCGACUACAUCGUGCACCCUCUGUGGGAGACGUGGGGGGACUUGGUGCACCCUGACGCCCAGGACAUCCUGGACACUCUGGAGGACAACAGGGACUGGUACCAGAGCACCAUCCCCCAGAGCCCCAUCUCCCCACCCCCAAUCCCCCUCGGCCCAGACAAGAGGCUCAACGCCUGCAUCGACAAGUUCCAGUUCAAGCUCACCUUAGACGAUGACACGGAGGGAGGACAGGAGGAGGAAGAGGAGGGAGGAGGAGGGGGAAAACCACCCCCAAUCACAUGGUGCUGGACAGCAGUCAGGGAGAGGAGGAAGACAAGAGAAAAGAGGAGGAAGGAGAGGACGGGGUAAAGGAGGAAAGAGAAGGAGACAUCAUCGAGGAGGAAGGGGAAGCAGUGAUGGAGGAGGAGGUGGAGGAGGAGAAGAGGGGAGUUCUUCAGCAAGCUCAGUUAGGGGUGGAGAGACACUCUGACACAAGCCUUGUGGAGGACGAGGAGGAGGAAGACUCAUCCUCGCCAGCUGAUGACACAUGA